AUGAAAAAGGAAGUGGAAAGGAGCGAGUUCCUCGCCGAUCCGUCUGUCGGUCUCCAUCGUGCAGUGCGCUCGCUCGCUCGCUCGCUCGCCCCAUCAUCUCAAAGCGUCGCUUUCGAUUUGACGCUGUCAGAGGGGAAGCGGCUAAUUCCGGUUAACAAGAAGGAGAACACGGGAAAUAUUGACUUCCAAAGAUCACGAAAAUAUGGAUUUCCAUCUGUGGAGGCAAAAGAGAAGAGAAAGCGAGAGAAAUUAUCAUCCAAAUGA